AGAGGGAACUGGCAGCUCCAGUGCUUGGAAGCUGGUGCGCCCGCCCCAAGGUCCGUCGUAGUACCACGUAGCACGACGCGCCUCAGCAUCUUCCCCGUCCCAAUUACACUUUCAAAGAUUCAUCAACACCCUAAUCUUCGAACCCGAGUUCGGAUAUCUGCAACUGGAUCUGCCCUAACUGAACCAAAAGAGCUGAGCUUAAAUGAUGAUGUAGUGACACGUUUGGAUAGUCUAGCUUGCCCAAUCUGUUAUCAACCAUUGAUCAGAAAUAGUGGUGCAAAUCCCAAAAUAUUAUCUCCUCGUGGGCUCAAUUUUCGUUGCCAGAACUGCCAGAAAGCUUACUCCAACUAUGAGGAAUAUAUAGACCUUUCUGUGACCGAUGAUUCCAAUGAAUAUGUUGGAGCGAUGCCCUCCGCAACUGAGGUCUUCAGGAAUCCUUUGGUAUCUUAUCUUUAUGAAAGAGGUUACGGAAAAAAUUUUACAUGGAGUGGUUUUUCUGGCCUAGACAAAGAGUUUGAAACGGUAACGAAAUACCUUCAGCCCACUUUAGGUGGUAUUAUUGUGGACGCCAGUUGUGGAAGUGGGAUGUUUUCAAGAAGAUUCGCAAAGAAUGGCAUGUACUCUGUGGCGGUUGCUCUAGACUUCACAGAAAAUAUGUUGAAAGAAUGCUAUGGUUUUGUGAAGCAGGAGAGCAUUACCACAAGGAACCUUGUGUUGGUGAGGGCUGAUAUUUCUAGGCUUCCUUUUGUUACGAGUUCUGUUGAUGCUGUACAUGCCGGUGCUGCAAUUCACUGUUGCCUUUCACCUUCUACUGCUAGAUCAGUCGAAUUCAAAGGCCUGGGGGUGUAUUUGUCGCAACCACGUACAUUCUUGAUAACAUUUUCAUUCCACCUCAGAUUUUAAAGUUGUGACGCCGGAGGGACUCUCAAACAGCCACAUCUAUCUAUCCGAAGGUGAAUUAGAAGACAUCUGUACAGCAUGCGGCCUCAUUGACUUCAAAUGCAAGAGUGGAACUUUUAUCAUGAUGUCAGCUACAAAACCCACAUAAAUUUUAUAGGAAAACAAAGUUUA